UAUCUCGCAAUCGGAUGCGAUAAUUCAGCUAUGAUUGAGCCAACUUCGGGUGACUCACAAUUGUGUUGCUCCCAUUUCCUUUGAGGUUAUUUCCAUACGUAGGACAUUAAUUUCUUCAAUUCUAAUUGGCAUAAUAAAGGGCAUCCGUAAUCAUGGCAUCGAAAGUCACGUUCAAGAUCACUCUCACGUCUGAUCCAAAGCUACCUUUCAAAGUACUUAGCGUUCCAGACAACACACCAUUCACCGCAGUACUGAAAUUUGCUGCCGAGGAAUUCAAGGUAGCACCGGCGACGUCAGCAAUCAUUACUGACGACGGUGUAGGAAUCAAUCCACAGCAAACAGCGGGUAACGUCUUUUUGAAACACGGCUCCGAACUGAGGCUCAUACCGAGAGACAGAGUGGGCAACCAAUGCAGUUGAUUCUGAUAAUCCAUACAUUUCUCUGUUUUAUUUUUCCUUCCUUUUGCAUUUUCUGAAAAAAAUGAACUAAAUGAUAAUAUAU